CAUCGGCCGAGUGGAACGCCCGCGAAGCCGCUUUGAUUGCGGCGAACAGACUGGACCGUGACAUUGCCAUGCCGUGAGUGUGCUCCCAUCUCCCUCCCAAGUAUACAACCCCGGUUAAAUGGCUCCCCUGUUGUCUCUUACCGAUGGACAUCUUUGACUUCAAUAUCUCGCCGUUGUCCACGGUCGGGAAGCUGGAUAUGGGCCGUUGUGCAUUCGAGUCGGGGAGGACAGAAGGGCAGAUGCGGCUGGAGGAUGCGGGGACGAAGAGCGAGAUCAGGUUUGGCGAUGGAUUGAUGUAUAAGCAAGGGUGAAACAUGGAGUGGGUGGUUGUUUGUAUUGGAAGUUGGAAAGUCGCCGAUUGCCGGCUUGCAUCAUGGAUAUCCGAACUCGCCGUGAUGGUUUUAUCUAGGACGUACCCU